GUGACGUCUUUGACGCGCGACGCAGUCCACAGGAGAAGACACGCGUUUUUUUUUUUGGGAGCAGGACCGGAGCGCUGUGAUCCCGUUUCUGUGUCCAGUUUUUCGGUCCAUUUAAACCCGGAGCGAUGGGGGACACCAGCCGGCUUUGCUCCGUGUGGCUGGGCUCGGAGACCGGCAUCCUGAAGGGGGUCAGCCUGGCCCGGAAACAGGCCUUCAACUUCUGCAACACGAGCCACCUGAGCCGGGACCAGGAGGUCCGCGCGCUGUGCUGGGGAGACCCGGCGGAGAGCGAGCUGCUGGUGGGCUCGGUGGACGGCACCGUCAAGACGUUCAGCGUGGAGAAGGGCGCGUUCACCGAGACGCGGCGCUGCGGGGACCCCGCCGACGGCUGCUUCGCCGGGCUCGCGGUUCUCGGCGGCGGCUCCGGCUCCGCGCUGGUCACGUGCGCGGAGUGCGGGACGCUGCGGGUGUGGAGGGAGGACAGCAGCGAGCCCGCGGCGGAGCUGGACGCGGGGAAGAACGUGUGCAGGAUGCGGCCGAGCCCGGUGCACCCGCACAAAGUCGCGACCGGAGGGAAGGAGAACGGGCUGAAGGUCUGGGACCUGGAGAGACCCGAGAAGCCCGUGUUCGCCGCCAAGAACCUGCGGGACGACUGGCUGGAUCUACGGCGGCCGCAGUGGGUCAGGGACAUGGCCUUCAUCCCGGACUCGGACAAAGUGGUCACCUGCACAGGCUACCAUCAGGUCCACGUGUUCGACCCCUCCACCCCCCAGCGGCGCCCGGUGCUGGAGGUGGAGUACGGCGAGUACCCGCUCACCGCCCUGUCCCUGCCCGCCGCCGGCGACGCGGUGGUGGUGGGGAACACCCGGGGCCAGAUGGCGGUGCUGGACCUGCGGAGAGGGCUGGUGCGCGGCGCCCUGAAGGGGCUGGCGGGCGGCGUGCGGGCGCUGCAGUGCCACCCGUCCCAGCCGCUGGUGGCGUCCUGCGGCCUGGACCGAUUCCUGCGCAUCCACGGCCUCGAGGACCGCGCGCCGCGCCACAAGGUCUACCUCAAGUCGCGGCUCAACUGCGUGCUGCUCGCCGGCCGGGCGCUGGAGGCCGAGGCGGGCGUUGCCGGGGCGACGGGCGGGGCGCAGGACGUGAAGGAGGAGGACGGCGAGGAGGACGACCUGUGGGAGACGAUGGAGCGAGUGGAGGAAACCACGGCGAAGAGGAAACCAACGGAGGAGGAGGAGGAGGUGGAGCUGCAGAAGAAAAGCAAAAAGAAGAGAAAGAAAGGAAAAGACUGAAGGGGAGGAGGGAGGGAGGGGGGCGUUUGUGGCGCAGUCAGAGUGUGGGACAUUUGAAUGCCACUUUUCCAGGACAGGAAGUUUGUUUAUUGAUCCG